AUGGCUUCUUUUGCAUUAAUGGCUCUUCCCAGGUUCAGAACACCUGGUGGAGUUGUGUUCUGUUCUUCUGUGACUUUUGGUUUCUUGGCACUAGGGAGAGCUAGAUUUGCAAUAAAUCACAUGGAUGUUGCUCCAAGGUAUGCAGGAAUUGUAAUGGGGGUUUCUAACACAGUCGAUACCUUAGCUGGCAUUAUUGGGGUUGAUCUUACUAGCCGACUUCUUGAAGCCACUAAGGCUGCUCAGUUGAAUCUCACUAGUCCGGAUAGCUGGAGAGCAGUUUUUAUCAUCCCAGGGUCACUUUGUAUCUUUAGCUCAAUUUUGUUUCUUCUAUUCUCCACUUUGUAUCUUUAA